AUGCGAGUAACUCCAGGCCAUCUCUUCUUCAUUGGGCUGAUAUUUCGCUACAACUCUGUCAUUGACAUGAAGCCAGUGCAGAGCCAGAAUGUUUUUAAGUGUGGCAUUCAUCCUGCGAAGGGAGGGGUCCCAUUUUUGCUGAAUUUGUGGAAUCGUAUUGUUGGGGGCAAGGAGUCGGAGCCUGGAGCACACCCUUGGCAGGUUUCUUUGAAACGACGUAAAACCCAUUACUGCGGAGGGACGAUUAUCAGUGAGAAGUGGGUGUUGACAGCGGCUCAUUGCAUCCGGGACAGGAACAUCUUGACUGUGUUGAAGGUGACAGCUGGGGAAUAUAACCUGAAGAACUUGGACAAAGAGGAGCAAACUCAAACGGUCAAACGCAUCAUCAUACAUCCCAAAUUCAAGGCUGCCUACCCAGUAGAGUAUGAUAUUGCUCUUCUGGAAAUCAAUGGCAUCUUCACUUUUGGUGAAAAUAUCUAUCCAGCAUGUCUUCCUAAUGAAGAUGACACUUUCGAUAUAGGAAAAAUUUGCACCACUGCUGGCUGGGGACGGCUGUCUGAGGGUGGAAGAUUACCAAACACUUUACAAGAGGUUGAGCUUCCCAUCCUUGAUUUCAAGACUUGCUUAAAGGUGAUGCAAUCAGUGAUAAAACAAUUCAAGGGGGAAACCCUCACGUGCGCUGGGUUCCCUGACGGAAGGAAGGAUGCAUGUCAGGGUGAUUCGGGAGGUCCUCUGAUGUGUCGGGGUGAAGGAGACGCCUGGACUGUGGUUGGAGUGACGUCAUGGGGGAUGGGCUGUGGCCGCAGUUGGAAGGACAACAACAGCAAAUCACCGAAUAAAAGAGGGACGCCUGGGAUCUUCACUAAAGUCAAAGCUUUGAAAUCAUGGAUUCAGCAAAUCAUGAACAAUGGUACAGGAACAGUUUAA